CCUAAUCUGAAUGGCUAUCCAAGCAGGCAUUGUAGCGGUAAAAAGGGGGCGUGUCUUAGCCUGACAGAAAGGGCAAAUGUUACUCUGUAACGUACGCUGACAUUUAGGCUCAAAGCGCCGCUCAUAUCUCACUGUGAAAUGCCGCUAGUGAACCAAAAUGGCGACGAGUUUCAUGCGGAUCUCUAGUAGCCGGGGUGUUUCAGCUUUCAUGGCAAGCUGGCAGUUGGUGCGGUGACUAUCCCAGCUGUGAGUCAGGCAAAGUGAUGUCAUAUGACUGCAAUGGAGCGUCGAUCCAAAGCGUGAGAGGUGCUGGUCGUCCGUCUGCUUAUAGGCUCAUUCACGCACAAUAAGCCAAGGAAACUGGCUGUUACACACAGUGGCAAUUCAUCAUCUGUAUUGGUAAAUAUCUGUGUCUAUGCUAUUUGGCACUGUGGCUGUUUUCCAUUGUGAUAUGACCAAGAAGCCAUAAUGAUUUUUUUUUUAAAUGAAUGAUUUAAAGAAACACAUGCAGUUAACAGACGGGAUAUAUGCUCAUUAAGGACUUCAGAGGGCUUUGUGGACUUAGAUAAUACACAUUUUCCUUUUUUGUUGUUUGCAACGAGUAACAGAAGCCAGUCAUGUCAAAGAACAAGAGCAGUGAGUCAGUGAAGGUGGUAGUUCGAUGCCGCCCUUUGAGCCGGAAAGAGGAGUCCAAUGGGCCUGCAGGGGGAAUAGUGCAGAUGGACCUACGGCUGGGACAAGUAAUCCUCAGAAACCCUCGUGCACCACCAAGCGAGCCCCAGAAAACAUUCACAUUUGAUGCAGUGUAUGAUGCAAACUCCAAACAGCGAGAGCUGUAUGACGAGAGCGUGCGGCCGCUGAUAGAUUCAGUGCUGGGAGGGUUUAAUGGCACCAUAUUUGCCUAUGGGCAGACAGGAACUGGGAAGACAUACACCAUGCAGGGAGCGUGGCUGGACCCAGAGAGACGAGGUGUGAUUCCCAAUGCCUUUGACCAUAUCUUCACACACAUCUCCCGCUCCCAAUCUGACAAGCAAUACCUAGUGCGGGCGUCCUACCUCGAGAUCUACCGAGAGGAGGUUCGGGAUCUUCUUGACCCCAAUCAUGGCAAUGCUAGAGCCCUGGAGCUCAGAGAAAAUCCAGACACUGGUGUGUAUGUUCAAGAUCUCACAUCCUGUGUCUGCAAGAGCAUCAAGGAGAUCGAGGAGGUGAUGAAUGUGGGCAAUCAGGCGAGGGCGGUUGGGGCAACAGACAUGAAUGAACAUUCGUCCAGGUCCCACGCUUUGUUUUUGAUCACUGUGGAGUGCAGUCAGCCUGGGCCAGAUGGGAGGAAACAUAUACGGGUUGGACGCCUUAACUUGGUGGACCUGGCUGGCAGCGAGCGGCAGGCCAAGACCGGUGUCCAGGGCGAGCGCCUGAAAGAGGCCGCCAAGAUCAACCUUUCCCUGUCAGCACUGGGAAAUGUUAUCUCCGCUUUGGCAGAUGGGCGCAGCGGACAUGUGCCGUACCGGGACUCCAAGCUUACCCGGCUGUUACAGGACUCUUUGGGCGGGAAUGCUAAGACUGUUAUGGUUGCCACACUUGGCCCGGCCCCUCAGCACUACGACGAGACUCUCACAACCCUUCGGUAUGCCAACCGGGCCAAGAACAUCCAGAACCAGCCCAGAGUCAACGAGGACCCCAAGGAUGCUCUGUUGCGGGAGUUCCAGAGAGAGAUUGCUCGCCUCAGGGCCCAGCUCAACCACAGGAAGUGGAGGAGCAAACAGAAGAGUGAGCAGGUGGAGGACGAGAGCUGGGACGGAGACCAGGAGAAAGAGAUUGAGGAUGAAGAGGACGAAGAGGUCGAGAAGGAGGGAGAGGACUACAUGAAGCUGGAGGAGCAGCGGCUAGAGAGGGAGAAGGAGGCCAUUAGAGGAGACCAGGACUUGAUUCCUGACGAGAAGCAGAAACUGCUGGGAGAGAAAGAGAGGAUGAUGGUGGAUCUGAGGAAGGAACAGGAAGCCACAGAACAGCUGACCGCCAAGUACAAGGCGAUGGAGAGCAAGCUGCUGGUCGGUGGAAAGAACAUCAUAGAUCACACCAAUGAGCAGCAGAAGAUGCUGGAGAUAAAACGGCAGGAGAUAGCAGAGCAGACGCGUAAGGAGCGCGAGAUCCAGCAGCAAGUGUUGAUUCAGGAUGAAGAGACGCUGGAACUGAGAGAGACUUUCACUUCUCUGCAGCAGGAGGUUGAAGCCAAGACAAAGAAACUCAAGAAGCUGUACGCCAAGCUCCAGGCAAUCAAAGUAGAGAUCAAGGACGUGAACGACGAGCACGUGAGGAGCAGACAGGAGCUUGAGCAAACUCAGAACGAGCUCACCAGAGAGCUCAAGUUCAAGUAUCUGAUCAUAGAGAACUUCAUCCCGCCCGAGGAGAAGAAUAAGAUAAUGAACAGGCUGGUCUUUGACCCUGAGGAAGACCAGUGGAAGUUCCAGUCACUUGUUCCUGCUGAAAGUAAAUCCUCGCAGAUGAAGAAAAGGCCAGCAUCUGCAGUCGGAUACAAACGACCCAUCAGCCAGUAUGCCAGGGUUGCCAUAGCAAUGGGAGGUCAUUCCAGAUACAGGGCUGAGAACAUCAUGUUUCUGGAGCUGGACAUGACUCCUCCAAACACCGCCUCAGUCGAUUGCUCAAAGGAUGGAGAACCGAACCAAAGUCCCUCGGUGGACAGCUCGCCCACCAAGGAGAAAGGCGUUCGAAAGUCCCAGUCUUGGUGUCACACUCCAAAAUCCAUGACUUCCUCCCCUUCUAAUGUGUCCUUGGCAGCAUGUCACACUGCCACACCCGCAGCGGCACAUGGCCGCCUUACAGACUUCUCAGUGAGGCCCACUGCUGGGACACAAACACACCACCACCACCUCUGCUGAAAGCUGACAGACUUCAUGGAAAUGAUCUUCUGGCAGGAAACUACAUGACCAUAUGAACCUCAGAAACUCUGUAUAAAUCAGUUCCUCCAGUUCCUCCUCCGGCAGAGCCCUUUCCUCUUUUGCAUGUCAGAUCAUCUCUGAAAACAGCUGGCUGCAGUGCUGAACUGCCCAGACUGUUGUGUGUGUGUGUGUCUGUGUGUUUGUGUGUGUCUGUUGUGUACAAAGCGCCGUAUGAUUGCCUGUUUGUGUUUCUAGUCAUGACCACUGCAGAUUUAAAGGUGAAGGUUUCGUGUAUUCUGGAUUUUUCAAAGCAGUUUUGGUCUGUUUUCUAUGUAGAAGUUGGACUUCAUCGUCAGAGAGUUUAUGUCAGUGUUGGCUUUUUGAAAUGAGUACACACACAAAAAUAAGAAUAUACGAUGUGUACUGUUGUUGGUCAGACGAGGUGCUCAAGACCUGAAUGAUGACCGUUGUCAUUCCUGUUGCCUCCCAUCAUUUAUCUGUCCCCCUGCAGUGUCUAAUUUAAAUGAAAUGUCUUAAAAACUAAUGUAAUUAAAAUGAAGAACACGAGGCAUG